AUGGUCUACCCCGCGACCGUUCUCAAGUGCUCAAGGAUGAAUAUCAAUGGGAAUGAAAAAUUCGUUGAUGAUUACGUGGAUCUCACGUCCACUUGUCUCUGGAAGGCAAAUCAGCAAGUAGACCAACGCAAGUGCCGAUGGAAUGGCGAAAAGAACCACGAACGAAAAUGCGCCGAUGCUCAUGAACAAUGGGAUUGUCGAGAAGUUUGUGACAACGACGAGACAGCUGUGAAUUGA